UGUAGUCUGCUGCUGAAGUUGUGGAACAUGGCCGCGGAGAUUCGGGUGUUGAACGAGGCUCGUCCUGCCGGGGACGUCUCCCGCGACUUACAGCGGCUCAUGAACAGGAUGAAAGGGGAACACAUGGUAGCAGGCGGGCGUGGGGUUGACUAUGAAGCCCUGCGUGACAGCGAGCUGUUUAAGGACUACCUGUGGAGAACCCUGGAGCUGAGGUCUGUGGACCUGUCUACUCUGCAGGACGCUGGGGAGAAAAAAGCCUUCUUCAUCAAUAUCUACAAUGCUCUGAACAUCCAUGGCCUGGUGCAGUGUAAACAGCUGCCGUCCUCUGUACUGGACGUACGACAGUUCUGGAAAACCACAGCUUACAACAUCGGGGGGGUCAACUUCUCACUGGACGACAUCGAACAUGGAAUUCUUAGAGGCAACAGACCACACCCAUCUUCCAGAGACUGCCCUUUCAAGAAGGAUGACCCGAGACUGAGAUUUAGCUUGGAAACUCUUGAUCCCAGGAUACAUUUCUCACUUGUUUGUGGUGCCAAAUCCUGUCCAGCCAUCAGUGUGUACAGUGGUGAGAACGUUGACCGUGCCCUGACAGCAGCAGCUAAGGGCUUCUGUGAACAGGAGGUGGUAGUCGACAUGAAGAGAAAAGAGAUUUCUCUCUCCAAGAUCUUCCAGUGGUACAGAAGUGACUUUGGGAAAGAUGACAUAGAGGCUGUCAGAUGGACUCUCCCAUACCUGAGUGAGGACAAACAGUAUGGAGUGGAGAGUCUACUAUCCACCCUGGAGCAGGAGGGGGGAGUCAGCAUCCUGUACUCUGAGUACAACUGGCACCUCAACGACACAGAGAUCAUCCUCACACCACAACAGGCCAGGUAUAAAAUGCUGGGAGUGCCUCUAGAAGACGUGGACACUUUGUGAAAAUGUAAUUUCUUAAAGGGAUUUGAUGCAAUUUAAGGCCACACCAAUUCAAUUUGUUGGUUCUCAGAUUUUUUCAGAAGAAAUAUGAAGUGACAGGGCGAAAAAAAUAAAAUAAAAACA